AUGUCGUCCGUCAAACCAUCUAUAUCGGUGCUUCAGGCGAAGUUUGAACCAAAUCAGAACGGGUCAAACACAAUACAUGGAUACAAGGGUUCAAAUGGCAGAAGAGGAUUAGAUGGUGUGUUGAGUCCCACAUCACCAAAUAAAGUCAAUCAACUUCCAAAGCUAGCCAAGGGUAAACCAUUGCAACAAACACACAAUGAUAUUCUUUUGACACCUCCUCGACUCAAUGGUCAAUGGAGAAAUACAAAUACACCCAUACACCACUCACCACUCGCUCAACCUUCGCCUGAAACAUCAACACUAAGAAGAUCUUCACCCUCAAAAUCACAAGCAAUGACAAAAAUAAGCUUAAACGCAAAUUCGGAUACGGGUGCGAAUAUAAGUGCAAAUACGGGUGCAAAUGUAGAUGCAAAGGCAAAUGCAAAACCAGAACAAAAACAAAAACAAAAACAAGAACAAGAACAAACACAACUGAGUAUGUGUAUGAAAAUUCAGAAAUUGCAGCAGGAAAGAAUACUCUUGCACGAGCAGUACAUUGUCAAACAGGCAAAGAUCAAGGAAUUGGAACAGGAAUUGGGAUUACUGAAACACCAACUCUUAGAGCUCGAGGCCAAGAUAGAAUCAGUCAACCGGGAAGAGAUUAUACUUCUGAACACUCAAAACCACGAAAUAAGCCAAUACAGUUUAAAGAGUCCCACCAAGCUUGACGUAUACAAGCAAGCAGCAAAAAAGACAGAAAACGACCUCCUGCGGCUUAAGCUAGCCAACGAUUUUGAUCAAAACAAAGUUGAUGGUGAUAUUGACAACAAGGUUGAGCUUAAACCUCCACAACCAAUGUUCAGUCCAUUGAAAAAACAGGCAUCGUUUAUCCUAGAAGAGUGUGCAAAUGUCACCAGGAAAGCAUCAACCAUUUUUGAAAAAAAGAGCGAUGAUUCUCCAUUUUUGAGUCUGUUUGUGAAACAGUCCAAUGUCAAAAUGGACUCGCUUACAAGACAAACAAGCCAAUUCUUUAAUGAGAUUUUCAAGGACUCAAGAGAAAAAACAUCAAAAGAAAAUGAAGUUAUAUUUGACAUCGAGGACUUGAACAAGUCAAUUACAUAUGACGACGAGGUGGACAUUGACGACUACGACUCUUCGUUUGAAUGA